AUGAGGGCUGAUCCAAAGGCCAUUCAGGCCAUCAAAGAAGAAGGGAAAGGGGUUCGAGAAAAGUUUGUAUGGGAUGAUGACAGUGUGAUGGAAAAGAGUGAUCGUUUAGCUCUAGCUCGGCGCGAAAACAAGGUGAUUCAUGUUGCAGAAGUCAUGCCAAUUGCAUCCAUCAAACACUGGGAAUCGCCACAAAAACGUCGCUACAAGGGACGUCUUGUCUUUAGAGGAGAUAAUGUGCGAGACUCCUGGGGAGGUGCCGCACAGUUCGGUGCUUUGUUUUCGACACCAACCAAUAUUCAGGCAAUCAAUUUGGCUAUAUUUUACGGACUCCUUUCUGGAAACGUCCUCAAGGCCGCCGAUUGCACUAGGGCUUUUCUUCAAGCCAUGCUUUUGAUGGAAGAAGAAACCUAUGUGGUGCUUCCACAAGAGCUUUGGUUGCCAACUUGGUUUGGUAAGUAUCGCCAACCCACAGUGUUAUUGAAGAAAGCAUUAUACGGUCAUCCACUUGCUUCUGCCUUUUGGGAUCUUCAUUUGAAACAAGUGUUGAUUGGGGAUCUUGGUUUGUUGCCUGUGGAAGGUCAUCCUAGUGUGUACUAUUGUCCCAACACCAUGUUGUUGGUGGUUGUCUAUGUAGAUGACGUGUUGGUCGCUGGUCCUGCAGCUCACCAGGACCAAUUUUGGGCUUCCCUCAAAGAACGCAUUCAGUUGGAUGAUGUGGAGUUGUUGAACCAGUUCAUUGGUAGGAGUCAUGAGAUCUCAAACAAUGUUUGCAUUUUCAACAUGCGUGACUAUUGUCAACAAGCAAUCGACUUGUAUGUUGAGGCCGCAGGGGGCAAGGUUGUUUUCCGUAAUGUUUCAACUCCAUAUGUGAAUGAAGGGGUUUUGAUCCAGGAAGACUACGAAACUGAGGGCCAGAUAUCACAUAAGGCAUCAUCUGUUUUAAUGAAACUUCUUUGGGUCUGCCGCUUGGCACGGCCAGACCUUGCCUAUGCGAUCAGUGCCUUGGCCACCCAGGAAGAUGUCCGGCGUUUGGUCAAGGAAGGACCGAUGCAGCCAAUGUCUGCGCCGGAAGCACCUGACUCGCAGCGUGGCUGCAAGAUUCAGGUGGAAAAGUCAGAAGAUGCACUGGAUGAUUUGCAUGUGCAUCAAAGUAAUAUGUUGAUCGAGGAUCUGGAAAAAUUGCUUCAAGCAGAGUCGUCUCCGGAAAAGCAGGCCGAUCAGGUCGAAGAGCAUCAGGCUGCUGGGGCAGAGCCUGCAGAGUCAGAGGUUUUAGAGGCACCCAGCAAGAAGCAACGGCUUGAGGAAGGUGUCACAAGCUUGGCAGUCCCCUUGAGACGAAUCCGCUUCAAGAGCUCCGGAGGUACUGGGGAAGACACGGUGGGAGGCGUUUUAUGGGCCAUCCUCAGUCUUUUUUGGACUGCUUGCCCUGCGACUGCAGCGAGUCUUUUGACGGACACCUUGGUGGCAAGAGGUAUCGAAGCUUUUGGAUCCGUGGAAGCGGCACAGGAGGCCGUUGAACACGGGAAAGUCCUGGAGUUUCGUGAUCUGAAUGAAUCCUACCAAGUGUUAACUCCGAACGCAGAUCCUUCCGUUGCAGAAGACUGUCAAACCACCUUUCAGAAUGACACCUACGGCUUUCGCUCUUGGGCCAGUUGGGCCAACAGGUCCCAGACAGAAGGGCCUGAGUGGUCAACAUGGUCAAAACGUCAGGUUCUAGAGGUCGGCUCCAACGUUGGUUGCUGGUCCCUGUAUGCUGCAAAGGUCAUGAAGAUGGAGGUAAUGGCAGUUGAGCCCAACAAGUUUGCUGCCUUCUUCCUCCAAUACAACAUUGCCCUGAACCAACUGCAAAAUCAGGUGACGGUCCUACAUGGUGCCCUGGUACCUGCGCUACCUACGGUGCCACAGUCGGAAAGGUCGGCAAAUCAUCAGUUCUGCAACCCCGGUUUGGGCGAUUUGCAAGCAGGGGAGGUGUAUGACCCCCUGGAUCCUUGCAAUGAAAAAGAGGAAGUUGUAGGCUACACCCUGGAAGCUCUCCUGUUGAGGCUCCAUAAUGUGAGCAUUCUAAGGAUGAACUGCGAAGGGUGUGAAGUGGAGACCUUGCCUGAUGUGGAUCCAUCCCUGUUGAAGCGAACUUCCAGAAUUUCUCUGGAAUUUUUUGAAGAGAAACCCAGGGAUUCGAAGUUUCUGAAGCAUCCCAAGACUCCACACCUGCUGGAACUCAUGUGUACAGACCUCAUUUGGCCAGCAGAUCGACGAGUUGCAGCCCUGGCUGUGUGUAGUGCUACUGAGGUGGUAGCCAUGCUGUCUAAACAUUCGGAAACAUUUUGA